AUGUCGAGCCGCAACUGCGACCCCAACAACGCCGUGCGAGACGCCGCCAUGCAACUGCUGGUGGACGUGUAUAGACAUGAAGCCAGCCUGGUAGCUAUAGGACGCGAAGCUAGGCUACAAAUUGCGACGCUACGGUACAGAGCGCGACGCUACGCUACACAGUGCGACACUACGCUACAGAGCUACAACUGCGACCCCAACAACGCCGUGCGGGACGCCGCCAUGCCGUUGCUGGUGGACGUGUAUAGACAUGUUGGUGAAAGACUGAGAUCAGACUUGAAGAAGAAAGAACUGCUGCCGGCCCAGAAGUUGAUGCUGCUAGAACAGAAGUUCGACGAGGCGAGAGAGGCAGGCCUAUUGCUACCUACAGCGACGUCAGGCGGCGACGAGCCGGACUUCAUAGCGCGCAGCGCGAAACGCACCAUGACCAUACCCACAUCCGCUCGUUCUAGAGAUGGAGACAGUUCUGGCGCUUCCACACCAGCGUGCGAGCCACCAAAGCGGACAGUUCCAGGACUGUACAGCCUACCAUCAGCGAAUAGGAAGCCCCCGCCGCCGGCUAAAUUCACCUCUGGUGGGAGCGUGUCGACAGCCAUCGGCAGCGCCUCCACCGGUUCAGGCGAGGCCGGUGCGGUCUCCAGCGAAGCAUUCGAGGCUGCCUUCGCGGCCGCCGCUCCCGCUGCCGUGUAUGGAGCCAGAGGACUUGACGACUUGUGUCGACACACCGCCGCCUUGCUGGGAGAUAGGGGGGCGGACUGGGAGAAGAGAGUAGACGCGCUAAAGAAAAUUCGCUCGCUGCUAACGGCGAAUGCGCACACACAGUAUCCGACGGAAUUCGCGGCGCACCUGAAGGACUUCUCCGUGCCUUUCCUCGUCGUCAUCAAGGACCUCAGGAGUCAGGUGGUUCGCGAAGCGUGCAUAACGAUCGCGCACAUGGCCAAAGUGUUACGUCACAAGCUGGAGCAGUUCAGCCUUUACAUCCUGCAGGAGCUCAUCAACCUCAUACAGAACGCUGCCAAGGUUGUGUCGUCAGCGGGCACGGUGUGCGUUCGCUACAUAGUUUCGUACGUGCACUCGCCGCGCCUCAUCCCAGUCAUCGUGACCAACCAGACCACAAACAAGUCUAAGGAAAUCCGCUCCACGCUCAGCGAAGUACUAGUGCUCCUCCUAGAAAACUGGAACCCAUCGAUUGUGGACAAACAAGCGCAAGUCGUCAAAGACGCGAUACGACGAGCGUGCGUAGACGCAGACAGCACUGCGAGGACUUUUGGACGGAGAGCGUACUGGGCCUACAAGCGACAGUUCCCCGACGAAGCCGAGCAGUUGUUCGCGAAGUUAGACAUCGCUGCUCAGAAGCAGAUAGAAAGAGAGCGGAAUAUCGGCAGCGUGGACAGCCUGCACCAUGUUGGGACAGAAAGGAGAGCCAUCACCAGCCCUCGUAGUCCAUCUGCCAGCGUCUCAGAGCGUUCGCCCGGAGGCGCUGCCAGGUCGGUGUCAGCGGUGGACGCGGCGGCGGCACAGCCAAUAUUGCCAGCAAUAUAG